AUGUCUUUAGCCGACUCCUUCUUGGCGGAUUUGGACGACGUUUUGGACGUUCGGCCUGUUACUGAGGACACGGGAGACGAUAAGAGCAAGGUUGCUGAGGCCCUUCAAGACGGCGAGGAAGAGAAGGUGCCCUUGGGAGAGGAUGAGAAACUGGCAGACACGUCAGUUGGAGUGUCUCAACUGCUAGCUGAUGAGGAGUUUCUGUCGACUAUGCAGCGGAUAAGGGACGCCUCGAGCGCGAUGGAGAACGGGGAGGAGGAUGAGGAAAUGAAGGACAGCACUACGGCUAGUUCUGAGAUGACUCCAUCUACUACGGCUGGUACGGGGACAAAGAAGGCCGAGUAUGAGCUGCUGUCGAAGUGCAACACAGUUGCUGUUACUAUUGAUGAGGAUAUCUACCAUAUCCAUCGUUAUGUCAAGAAGGUGUACUCUAAGAAGUUUCCUGAGUUGGAGAGUAUCGUGUCGAUGCCGUUGGAUUACCUCAGAGUGGUUCAAAGGCUCAUCGAAAAGGAGGAGGCUGACAUGUCCAAAGUGGACCUCUCCGACCUGCUACCGAACAACGUUAUUGUGGCUGUCACCGUUACAGCCACCUCCAGCGCUGGCAGUGGAGUUAGGCUACCUGCUCGAGAGAACGACGAGUUGUUAGCCAACAUCACUGCUGCUAACGAUUUGGCUGACUGCAAGAACGACAUUAUGAUUUUCCUACAGGGACAGAUGGCUAAGCAUGCCCCCAAUCUGAAUUCUCUUUUGGGGGCUCCUUUGGCCGCCAGGUUGAUCUCAAGCGCUGGCGGUGUGGACAAACUGGCUAUCAUGCCUAGUCAGAACAUCGAGCAUGUUGGAGCGCAGAAGAAGCAGUUGAGUGGUAUGGGGGCAUCGACUGCCGCGUCGGUGAAGCAAGGCCUGAUCUGGCAAAGUGAUAUCGUUGUUAUGACCCCGCCUGACUUCAAGAGGAAGGCUGUGAGGCUGUUGUUGGGCAAGUCGGCUAUUUGUGCGAGGGUGGACAAUUCCCUUCAUAUCAAUGCGGGUAGUGCGGACGAGUCAGCUCGACUGGGCAAAAUUGGCGUUAAGCUGCGCGAAGAUGUUCUAGCCUCCUUGGGAAAAGCACAGGCGCCGCCUAAGGCGCGAGAGAAGAAGCCAUUGCCGCGCCCGGAUGAGCUGCCAGGCCCCAGGAGGGGAGGGAAGAGGCAUAGGGCGAUCAAGGAGAAGUAUGGUAUGAGUGAGGCUAGGAAGCAGGUUAAUAGGAUGAAGUUUGGAGAGGAAGCUGAAGAAGAGUUGAAUAUGAACGAAGCGUUCGGGCGAGGGUUGGGUAUGCUGUCGGCAGCGGCUCAAGGUGCUGGUCAAGGCCUUGAGGGUAUCGGCCGUGUUGGGCAGAGUGCGGCGAAGCAGGAUAAGAAGCGGAGACAGUUGAUGGAGAGCAUGUUGCACAAUCAGAAGCUGAGUGCAACUAGAAGGCAGCGACUUGCUGCUAGCAGUGGCAACAGCGGCCUUUCUAGUAGCCUGGCUUUCACGCAGUUUGAGGGUAUCGAGCUGGCUGAUCCAAAUCGAACAGCAGAGAAUCAGAACAAGAGGGCGGCGGCUAUCGAUGCCGCCCAUAAGGCUGCUCAGAAGCAGGGCGCGGCCCAGGACUACUUCAACGAGCUCACUGGCUUCAAGAAAUGA